GAUAGACAGCAAAUAAAGGGACACGGCUAUGAGAUGGCAAGGAAACUCAGUAUAUUGGAAGUCCUUCUGAUCAUCUUCUUCCUGACUGUACUGGCCUUAGACAUCUUCUUGAUGUUUUUUGUGUUGGAGAAAACUGAAGAGACUGCAUUUGUUCCAGAGUGCCCAGAGAUCCCCGAAUCAGAGAGGAUAGACUGUGCUCCAGGCCAGGUGGUGACAGAGGAUGUCUGCAGCCAGCAACAUAAGUGCUGCUGGAAACCGGCACCCGAUACUAAUGUCCCUUGGUGCUUCUUCCCCAGGAACUGGGGCUAUGAAGUCCCCAGUGGCAAGAAUCAUACAAGGACAGGGUUUACAGCCCAGUUGAAAAAGUUGCCGUUCCCAUCUCUGUUUGGAUACGAUGUCAAGAAUGCCCUCUUCACAGCUGAAUAUCAGACAUCCAAUCGUUUUCAUUUUAAGAUCAAUGAUAGUGAAAACAAACGCUAUGAAGUCCCCUCUGAAAUUAUUAACCUGUCUAAUAGGACUACUAGAACCUCCAAUUUGAACUAUCACAUAGAGGUCAUUGAUAAGCCCUUCAGCAUCAAGAUAAUGAGGACAAGCAACAGAAGAGUCUUACUGGACACGAGCAUCGGGCCCCUGCAGUUUGCCCAGCAGUACCUGCAGCUGUCCUUCCGACUUCCCAGCACUGCUGUGUACGGGCUGGGGGAGCACGUGCACCAGCAGUACCGCCACAACAUGAGCUGGAAGACCUGGCCCAUCUUCACGCGCGAUGCCGCCCCCACCAAGGACAUGAUUAAUCUGUAUGGAGCUCAUACAUUCUUCCUGUGCCUUGAAGACACCAGCGGCUCCUCUUUUGGUGUUUUUCUGUUGAACAGUAAUGCCAUGGAGGUCACCCUGCAGCCUGCUCCUGCCAUCACUUACCGCACGAUUGGGGGCAUCCUUGACUUUUAUGUAUUCCUGGGAAAUACUCCAGAACAAGUGAUUCAGGAAUACCUGGAGCUCAUUGGACGACCAUUGCUUCCUCCCUACUGGAGUCUUGGGUUCCAGCUUAGUCGCAGGAACUAUGGUGGCAUCAAUGGAUUGAAGGAGGUUGUGAACCGAAAUCUUGUAGCUGGGAUCCCUUAUGAUGUCCAGUACUCUGACAUAGACUACAUGGAUGGAAAUAAGGAUUUCACCAUUGAUCAACAAGCCUUCCCUGAUCUCUCAAAUUUUACCAACGACUUACAUAAGCAAGGACUGAAAUAUGUAAUCAUUAUGAAUCCUGGCAUCUUAAAUGACUCUGACUAUCAGCCCUAUAUGAAUGGAAGGAAAAAGAGAGUAUGGAUCUUGAGGGACAAUGGCUUUGCCGUUGGGCAGGGAUAUCCCGGAUGGACGGUCUUUCCUGAUUAUAGUAAUCCAACUUGCACUCAGUGGUGGACAGAGCAGUUCAGUGAAUUUCAUAAAACUCUCGAGUUUGAUGGAGUGUGGAUUGAAAUGGAUGAAGUAUCCAGCUUUCUCCAAGGUUCUGAUUGCGGGUGUGAAUGGAACACGUUCAACUUUCCUCCUUUCACUCCCCGAAUUCUGGACCGCUUGCUUUUUGCAAGAACCCUCUGCAUGGAUGUAGAAUUUCAGUGGGGCUUUCACUAUGAUGUCCAUAACUUGUAUGGCUACUCCAUGGCAAAAGCAACACACUUGGCCAUGGAGAAUAUCUUCCCCAAUAAAAGUAGCUUCAUCUUAUCCCGCUCUACUUUUGCUGGAUCUGGCAAAUAUGCUGCACAUUGGUUGGGGGAAAAUUCGGCCACAUGGGAUGACCUCCGAUGGUCCAUCCCUAGUAUCCUUGAGUUCAGCCUAUUUGGUAUCCCCAUGGUAGGUGCCAACAUCUGUGGUUACACAGAAAAUGUCACAGAGGAGCUCUGCACUAGAUGGAUGCAGCUUGGAGCAUUUUAUCCACUAUCAAGGAAUCACAAUGGGCCUGGAUUCAGGGACCAGGAUCCUGCCGCCUUUGGUAAACACUCUCUGUUGGUGAAUUCUUCCAGAUACUAUCUGAACAUCCGAUACACCUUGCUGCCCUACCUCUACACCCUUUUCUACCGAGCUCACACACGGGGGGACACCGUAGCGAGACCCCUGGUCCAUGAGUUCUACCAGGACCCAGCUACUUGGGAUGUGCACGAGCAGUUCUUAUGGGGGCCUGGACUCCUCAUCACACCUGUUUUAUAUGAGAGUGUGGACCGAGUGAAAGCAUACAUACCGGACGCCAUCUGGUACGACUAUGAGACAGGGGUAGCCAUCCAGUGGAGGAAACAAUCGGUGGAGAUGCUGCUGCCACUCGAUAGGAUAGGACUUCACCUCCGAGGGGGCUUCAUAUUUCCCACCCAACAACCCAACAUAACCACAGAGGCCAGUCGAAAGAAUUCCCUGGGACUCAUUGUUGCCUUGGACUACAAGAGAGAGGCAAAGGGCGAGCUGUACUGGGAUGAUGGUGUAUCUAAAGAUGCUGAAAAGAAGUAUAUUCUGUAUGAUUUUUCUGUCACCUCUAACCGUCUACAGGCAAAUAUUACAAAUAAUAACUAUACGGACCCUAACAACCUCAUGUUUACAGACAUCAUAAUCUUGGGAAUGGACAAGCAACCUACCAAUUUUACCGUCUUACUUAGUAAUUCUGCCACCUCCAUUUCAAAUGUUGCCUACGAUGUUUCAUCAAAGGUGGUGAAGAUCAGUGAUCUCAAGGGACUGGUACUCGGUCAAGAAUUCUCCAUUGAAUGGAAACUUCCAGUCAGUGACCUGGAGAAAUUCAAAUGCUACCCUGAGGAUGCUGCUGUCUCUGAGGAGAGUUGUAGGCUGCAGGGGUGCCUUUGGGAGUACACAGCUGUUCCUGGUGUGCCCACCUGUUACUAUGACACCAUCCCUAGGUAUGCCGCCAGUAACAUUCAGUACCUGCCUACGGGCAUCACCACAGACCUUGCCCACCUGGGGGCCCCGGAAUCAGCCCGAGCAGCCCCUGCCUCUGGCUCUCUCUCUGCAACAAUCAGCUUCCUCCAGCUGAGCGUGAUCUACCACACAGAAAACAUGCUGCAGUUCAAGAUCUUUGAUUCCACGAACAAAAGGUACGAGGUCCCAGUGCCUCUGAACACCCCUCCCUCUCCAGUUGGCUCGCCUGAAGACCGUCUGUAUGACGUCAGGAUUCAGAACAAUCCUUUUGGGAUCCAGAUUCGGCGAAAAAGCUCCGGCACUGUGAUCUGGGAUUCUCAGCUGCCUGGCUUCACCUUCAACGACAUGUUCCUCUCCAUUUCUACUCGCCUCCCCUCUCAGUACAUCUAUGGCUUUGGGGAGACAGAGCACACAGCUUUCAGAAGAAAUAUGAACUGGACCACGUGGGGAAUGUUUGCUCGUGAUGAGCCCCCAGCGUAUAAGAAGAAUUCCUACGGCGUCCACCCCUACUACAUGGCACUGGAGGAGGAUGGCAGUGCCCAUGGGGUGCUCCUGCUAAACAGCAAUGCCAUGGAUGUGUCAUUCCAGCCCACUCCUGCCCUAACAUACCGCACCACAGGAGGGAUUUUGGACUUUUAUAUGGUUUUGGGGCCAACCCCUGAGCUUGUAACUCAACAAUACACUGAGUUGAUUGGUCGGCCAGCAAUGACUCCAUACUGGGCCUUGGGAUUCCAGCUAAGUCGCUACGGAUACCAGAAUGAUACUGAGAUCUCUCAAUUGUAUGAGGCAAUGAUGGCGGCCCAGAUUCCCUAUGAUGUCCAGCAUGUAGACAUCGAUUACAUGGACCGGAAGCUGGACUUCACUCUCAGCCCCAGCUUCCAAAACCUCGGCCUCCUGAUUGAGCAAAUGAAGAAUGAUGGCAUGAGAUUCAUUCUCAUUCUGGACCCAGCCAUUUCUGGCAAUGAGACCCAGUAUCGCCCAUUCACCAGAGGGCAGGAUAACAAUGUAUUCAUCAAAUGGCCCAACAGCAAUGACAUUGUCUGGGGAAAGGUUUGGCCAGAACUGCCCAAUGUGAAUGUGGAUACAUCCCUUGACCAUGAAACUCAGGUUAAGUUGUACAGAGCCGACGUUGCUUUUCCUGACUUCUUACGUAACAGCACAGCCGCAUGGUGGAAGAUGGAAAUAAAAGAGCUGUAUGCGAAUUCUGAAGAGUCAGAGAAGAGCUUAAAGUUUGAUGGAUUGUGGAUUGAUAUGAAUGAGCCAUCAAACUUUGUGGAUGGAUCUGUCAGGGGCUGCAGCGAUGAAAUUCUUAAUAAUCCACCCUAUAUGCCAUAUUUGGAGUCCAGGGACAAGGGCCUGAGCAGCAAGACCCUGUGCAUGGAGAGCGAGCAGGUCCUGCCAGAUGGCUCGCGGGUGCGGCACUACGACGUUCACAGCCUGUACGGAUGGGCCCAGACCAGACCCACCUACGAAGCUGUGCAGGAGGUGACGGGACAGCGAGGGGUCAUCAUCACCCGCUCCACAUUCCCCUCUUCUGGCCGCUGGGGAGGCCAUUGGCUGGGCGACAACACGGCCGCGUGGGACCAGCUGAGGAAAUCGAUCAUUGGCAUGAUGGAGUUCAGUCUCUUUGGAAUACCGUAUACAGGAGCAGAUAUUUGUGGCUUCUUUGGAAAUGCUGAGUAUGAGAUGUGUGUUCGCUGGAUGCAACUGGGGGCCUUUUACCCCUUUUCCAGAAACCACAACACCAUCGGGACAAGGAGACAAGAUCCUGUGGCCUGGAAUUCCACCUUCGAGAUGUUCUCCAGAAAAGUCCUUCAGACCAGAUACACCCUGCUGCCCUACCUCUACACUUUGAUGCAUAAAGCUCACACUGAGGGCAGCACAGUCGUCCGACCCCUUCUCCAUGAGUUUACGAAUGACAGCAAAACAUGGGAUAUAGACCGUCAGUUCAUGUUGGGUCCUGCCCUCUUAAUCAGCCCCGUGCUGGAAAGUAACACUUUUGAGACCCCUGCUUAUUUUCCCCCAGGCCGUUGGUAUGACUACAGCACGGAAUCUGGCAAUGUGUCGACAGGUGAGUGGAAAAUCCUGGACACUCCCCUUGACCACAUCAACCUUCAUAUCAGAGGAGGCUACAUCCUGCCCUGGCAAGAGCCUGCGAUGAACACUCAUGCCAGUCGACAAAAAUUUAUGGGAUUGAUUGUUGCAUUGGACGACAAUGGGAAAGCUGAAGGCCAGGUAUUCUGGGAUGAUGGACAAAGCAUUGAUACCUAUGAAAAUGGAAACUAUUUCUUGGCAAACUUUAUAGCAACUCAGAAUCUACUGCAAAUCCAGGUCAAACACAAUAAGUAUUUGAGUGACUUGAAUCCACUGAAAGUUGGAUAUAUUAAAAUCUGGGGAAUAAGCUCUACUUUUGUGACACAAGUCACUUUCACCUAUGACAACCAGCAAAUCAUGGAGAUGAAUUUCAAGAGUGAUCCUUAUAAUCAGACGCUGACUAUUCAACUGACUGACAAGAUUAUUAGCCUAGAAAAGCUAACUGAGGUUACUUGGAUAUACGGUGGCCCUAUAGUUUCUACUACACCUAUGACAAGUACCUUCCCAACAAGUUCUCUACAUCCUUCUACAGUUCCUACUAAGGCUACCACUUUUGAGACUGUUAUCACUAUUUCUGCUUAUACUAGUACCACUCUUCCUAUUCCAACCACUGCUUUCUCAACAAGCGCUACUGAAGUUACAACUAGUACUACAGGCCGUAAUACCACUACACCUUUCCCAACAAGUACUAUUGACAUUACAACUAGUACUGCUGUUCCUAAUACCACGACACCUACCCCCACAAGUACCAUUGUUAGUAGUAGUACCCUUCCUAUCACAAGUACUCCUUUCCCAACAAGUACUGUUGACGUUACCACUAGUACUACUGUUCCUAAUACCACUACACCUACCCCCACAAGUACUAUUGUUAGCAGUAGUACUCUUCCUAUCACAAGUACUCCUUUCCCAACAGGUACUACUGGAGUUACCUCUACUACUACUGUUCCUAAUACCACUACACCUACCCCCACAAGUACUAUUGUUAGCAGUAGUACUCUUCCUAUCACAAGUACUCCUUUCCCAACAGGUACUACUGGAGUUACCUCUAGUACUACUGUUCCUAAUACCACGACACCUACCCCCACAAGUACCAUUGUUAGUAGUAGUACCCUUCCUAUCACAAGUACUCCUUUCCCAACAAGUACUGUUGACGUUACCACUAGUACUACUGUUCCUAAUACCACUACACCUACCCCCACAAGUACUAUUGUUAGCAGUAGUACUCUUCCUAUCACAAGUACUCCUUUCCCAACAGGUACUACUGGAGUUACCUCUACUACUACUGUUCCUAAUACCACUACACCUACCCCCACAAGUACUAUUGUUAGCAGUAGUACUCUUCCUAUCACAAGUACUCCUUUCCCAACAGGUACUACUGGAGUUACCUCUAGUACUACUGUUCCUAAUACCACGACACCUACCCCCACAAGUACCAUUGUUAGUAGUAGUACCCUUCCUAUCACAAGUACUCCUUUCCCAACAGGUACUACUGGAGUUACCUCUACUACUACUGUUCCUAAUACCACUACACCUACCCCCACAAGUACUAUUGUUAGCAGUAGUACUCUUCCUAUCACAAGUACUCCUUUCCCAACAGGUACUACUGGAGUUACCUCUACUACUACUGUUCCUAAUACCACUACACCUACCCCCACAAGUACUAUUGUUAGCAGUAGUACUCUUCCUAUCACAAGUACUCCUUUCCCAACAGGUACUACUGGAGUUACAAGUAGCACUACUGUUCCUGAUACCACUACGCCUUCCCCCACAGGCACUACUGCUAGUGCUAGUACUCUUCUUAUCACAGGCACUCCUUUCCCAACAAGUGCUACUGAAGUUACAAGUAGUGCUACUGUUCCUAGUACCACUACACCAUCCCAUAUAAGUACCCCUACUGCUAGCACUAGUACUACCCUUCCUAUCACAAGCACUCCUUUCCCAACAAGUGCUACUGAAGUUACAAGUAGUGCUACUGUUCGUAGUACCACUACACCAUCCCAUAUAAGUACCCCUACUGCUAGCACUAGUACUACCCUUCCUAUCACAAGCACUCCCUUCCCAGCAAGCACUAUUGAAGUUACAACUAGUACUGCUGUUACUAAUACCACUGUGCUUUCCCCUAUAAGUACUGCUAGCACUAGUACUACUCUUCCUAUCAUAACCACUCCUUUCCCAACAAGUAAUACUGAUGCUAGCACCAAUACUACUGUUCGAACUGCCGCUACUCUUUCUCCAACAAGCACUGAUAGUACUAGCACCAAUAAUGCUGUUCCAAUUACAACUACUCCUUCUACAAAUAGUAGUGCUGAUAGUACUAGCAAUAGUUUUCCUAUUAUGACUACUUUUUCUGUAAGUACUCAUGCUAUGAACACUACUGUUGCUAUGGUAACCACUUCUAUAAGUGCUGAUGUUGUUAGCACUGGCAACCAUACUCCUAUUACCGGCUCUCCUUUCCCUACAAUAUCUGGUGGUAAUAGUACUAGUAAUACUAUUCCUACAACGUCUACUCCUUCUACAGAUAUUUACACUACUAGCACGAAUACCACAGCUGUCCCCAUCACCAAUACCGGAAAUAGUACAGGGAAUGCAGUAAAUAUUACCAAUGCAGAUAACUCUAGCACUGUUCCAGGUAACACCACACAUGUUUCUAUUCCAAAUACCACAAUAGCAUUAGUUACUACUUUAAUGACCUCUCUUUUAGACACAGCAACUCACUAUCAGGUAACAACAAACUCUACAGUCAGUCAUUUACCUCUUAUUGCAACUAAUGCUACCACCGAUAUUAUAAAUACUACCACAUAUGCUCUAAAUACUACCAUUCUUGAGAGAACAACAAUGAAUGCUUCUGCUACCAUAUCAACUUAUAUUGCAAAUGUCAAAAAUGCUACUCUAGUUCCAUGAUUACUACUCAAAGCAGGAUAAUUACUACAGACAUCUCUUUAAAACAACUAUUAAAGAUAUAAAAAAUCAAUUAAAGAUACAUAAUCUUAAGCCACAUAAGUUUUCAUAGAUAUUAACACUAGUUUAUAUAGAUAUGGCUACUCGAAACACUGUAGACAUGGCAGAUAUGUUUAAAGAUGCAUCCAUGACUACUUUUAUAAGUGUAAUUAAAGAAGCUGUGGAUACUUCUUCAGCAUCCAGAAUAUAUACUGCUAUUUUAAAAAUUAUAACCCCUACAGCCCUAUCGAUUAAACUGUAGAUAUUUUAUAUAUCCUUGCUAGAGACUUCACAGAUGAUUUUGGUAUCUCAGAUAAUAUAUUAGGCUCUGUAAAUACUAUUGCUUUAGAUGUAGUUAUUGAAGUAACCUGACUUGUUCUUGGGUUACAGGACAUGAAACCAUAACUGAGAACACUGGUGCUAUGUGGCACUCACAUGGCCACUAUAGCAACAGUUGUUAAUAUCAUAGUAAUUAUUUAAUUAGUAAUGUUAACAAUCAUGCCUUAUUUUCCUAUGGACUUUUCCACAUACCAUGGCUACCAAUAUAGCAAUUCACUAUUACACAUCCUGAAAGUAUUAUCACUUCUAAAGCAAUCCUAGCUGUAACCAUAGAUACGGAAAGUGCUACCAUUGUAGAUCUUGUACAUACUUGGACUCCAGGAACUAAAAUCAUUAAAUUAAAGAUAUUAGAUGUUACUUUUACUAUCAUAGGAAAUAAAAAUGUGAUUAUAGAUGUUAAAAACAUAACUUCCUAAACUUUGCAACCACUACUACUAAUACUCUUACUGUAAAUUUGAUAAGUACUUUUAUUUACAGACAUUAAAUGCACUCCCAGGAAAUUACAGUUAAUUUUACUUAGGAGAUAAUCUUAGGCCCUUGCUGUUACCCUGAAUGACUGGAUUCACUUACAAAGCUCCAACUCUUCUGUGGACCAGAAAUCACCCAGAUGGAGAGGAAUAUUUAAAGAUAUGGCUUAGGGGAGAUAGUCUCUGCUCCAGGAUCAGGGUUCUUGUUUACUUUUAAAUGAUUGUAAUCUUGUUUACUUUUUCUCUUAUCUACCAGCUUUUCCAUUAUUACUUCACUGUGAACUUCCCUUCUGUGUUAGGACUUUCAGCAUGUUCUUGGUCUUUCAUAUCCAAAUUUACUAUUUAUCCUUGGUCUGUUACUUUCUUAGAUCAGCCAGACCCCAUAAAUAGGCUCAUGGUCAUAAUGAAAUAUAGCCACUUGAAUGCUAUUGAAGGCUUAAUCCUAGGACAGUAUUCUCAAAAUGUAGUUUGGAGACCCAUGGGAGGCCACAGAACUCUUUCUGGGGUUCACAAGGUCAAAUCUGUUUUCAUAAUGCUAUGCUUUUCUUUUCCUUUUUUACUCUCGUUCUCUAUUAGUAGACAGUGGCAUUUUCCAGAGACAGUAUGCUGUGUAGUGUCACAAUAGAUGAAUAUAGAAACAGAUACAAGGAUCGAGCUGUUUCUAUUAAGAUAGGCAUUAAACAGAUUUACAAAAUAUAAAAUAUCAUUCUUUUCACUAUUGUAUGCUUUGAGAAUACAUUUGUUUUUUUAUAAAAAUGUAUUAUUUAUGUGAACAUGCAGUUGAUAUGUUGUUAUUUUUAAUGAAUAGAAAAAAAUAAAUA